AUCUUCUCGCUCUACCUCGCCUUGCCCGAGGCUCAUUCUUACAGGCAGCCAUCCCAGCGAGACAGGAGCCAUGGCUUCAACACAAGAGCCAGAGAAGCAGGAGCGCAAGGACAAGUGGCAGUCCGAGGAGCAGGUCAUCCCCAAGAACAAUCUCCCGCUCGUCUUCAGUGGGUUGAUGUGCGCCGUCUUCUUGGCCGCCCUUGACCAGACCAUCGUCGCCACUGCUCUUCCGACGAUCGUUCAGGACCUCGGCGGAGGUAACAAUAUCAGUUGGGUCGGAAGUGCGUACAUGCUCGCCAGUGGUGCGCUCGGACCCCUCUACGGCAAGUUCUCCAACAUGUUCGGUCGCAAGCCCGUUUUGUACAGCUCCAUCCUCGUGUUCCUCCUCGGAUCCGCGCUCUGCGGCGCUGCGCAGAACCUGACGUGGCUGAUUGUUUGCAGAGCUGUUCAAGGCCUCGGAGGUGGAGGCAUCAUGCAGAUGGUCAUCAUCACCAUGUCGGACAUUGUUCCGCUCAAGGAUCGAGGCAAGUUUGGUGGUCUUAUCGGCUCAACGUUCGGAAUUGCCAGUGUCGUAGGGCCGCUUAUUGGAGGGGCGUUUGCCGAUCACGUCAGCUGGCGGUGGUGUUUCUUCGUCAACUUGCCAACCGGUGGUGUGGCUGCGGUCAUCCUAUUUUUCUUUCUGCACCUCAACCCGCAUGAAACGAAGCCCCUCAGAGAGCACAUCGCCGAACUUGACGUUGUUGGCAUUUUCCUCUUCAUCACCGGCGUUGUCUGCCUCCUCCUCGGGUUCAACUUCUCCCAGACCUCCUGGUCGACACCGCAGACCAUUGCACUCCUCGUCAUUGGCGUCGUCCUCCUGGUCGCUGGCACAAUCAACGAGAUCUACACACCACGCUCGGCAAUUAUCCCGCCGCGCGUGAUGAAGGCCCGUACACCCGCGAUCAUGAUCAUCUCUGGCUUCCUGCACGCCAUCACGUUCUUCGGCGCGUCGUACUACCUCCCAACGUAUUACCAAGUCCUCGGCGCAUCGCCGACGUCUGCCGGUAUCAGGAUGAUCCCAUUCUCGUUCGGCGGCGCCAUCUUUUCGACUUUCUACGGCUUCCUCGUCUCCAAGACGGGUCAGUACCGCCCCGUCAUGUGGUUCUGUUGGGCGAUCAUGACGCUCGGCUGGGGACUCAUGUACACGCUCGACUUUAACUCGUCCACCGCGAAGAAAGAAGUGUACCCGCUGAUCGCCGCCAUCGGUGUCGGCGGACUGUUCCAGGCGCCCGUCGUCGCAAUCCAGGCGAGCAUGCCGGCAAAGGACAUGGCCACGUCCACGGCCGCGUUCAUGUUCAUCCGCACGGUCGGCGCCGCCAUCGGCAUCAACAUCGGCGAGGCGAUCAUCUCGAGCGUCCUGCGCAACAAGCUCGCGAGCGUCCCUGGGCUGAGCGGUGUCGUCGGCGACACCGCGGCGAGCCUGAACGACGCGCUGCGGAAGAUCGCGUUGAUCCCCGACGCGGCGACGCGCGAUGCGCUACAGCAUGCGUAUUCGCGCGCAAUCAGCACGAUCUGGCUGAUGAACACGCCCAUUGCGGGUGUUGGUCUCAUUUUGUGUCUCUUUGUGCGCCAUUAUUCGCUCAACCGCACCACCGUGCGCGGGGGCGAGAAGAAGACUGGAGACCUCGCUGUCGCUGCCGCUGCGCCUGCUACGACUGCGUCGUCGACGGACCUCGCUGCGGACCUCGAGAAGUCGGAGAAGCCCAUGGACGACGCUGUUGAGGACGACAAGAAGUCGCGCCCAACGACGGCGGGCACGGAGCGGACGCACGUCUAGUCGGAUUACAACGUCGGACUUUUUCGUCUUUGUCUUUGUUCUCGCUUUCCCUUUUCACAUUUUGGGACAGGGGUGACAUCUAGGUUCUCCGGAUUACUAAAAGGCUAUUCGCAUCGUUACGGAACGGGAUACAACAUCUACCACCGAUUCCCCCAUUUCAAGUUUAUUUCACUCUCAUCUCACGACUCAGUACUCAUCUAUAGACCGACGCAUCUCCUCAUCAUUUACUACGACCAUAUCCACGCCUGCACUAUCUACGGCUGCACCGGCUCCCUCCCGCAUUAUACACUGUGCACUUAUUAUUCAUUAUUUCGGGUACGAGUAGGUAGUAGUCAUGACCCGUUUAUGACGGUUGCACAAAUAGCAUUAAAU